AGUGGGAUUAGAGAGGUCCUGCUUGCUUGCAGUAGGUCCUAAAGUUUUUUGGCAAAAGUUUUGUCAGCGGUUUUGUUUUAACUCAAACGCCUUGUCUUUAUGCAGGUACCAAUUUAGUAGUAUCUUCAUUUCUUAAUACUUAAUAUUAUGCUAAGUUUGCGUUCGGCAUUUGACAGCUUUCUGUUUCAAGUUUUAUUUGCCUACAGCAGGUUAACGUUUGCGCAGUGUUUCUGUCUCGUCAAACGAAGCGAAGAGGUUUAACAUUAAAGUUGGGGUCGUUUUGCAAUGAGUUCUCCACGGGAGCAAGGUGCACACUCACCUAGACUGGAGGCUGUGAUUCAGAAGUUGGAGGAGUCCCUCCUUCACUCUGAUGGCAGCUCAGGAGAGAGGACUCUGGCACUUCGAGGUGAUGGACAGGAGCCUGGUGUCACGCCUACGCCUGUGUCCACCCGUAUCCGCCAGAUCAUCACCCGCAACCUGGCUGAGCAGUCAGCCGGUGAGAGCUCUGAGGUCAGUGAGCUGGAGGAGAGCAGGGCCCUGAGGGAGCAGCUGUCUCCUAGCCAGAUGGACCGUGACCAGCCACUAGCCAAACAGGCCAGUCUCACAGACAGGCUCGAUCAGAUGCUGAUGCUGCAGUCAGCAGUAGACUCGGACCAUGAGAGUGAAUCACAAGGAUCCCUGCACCUGCAGAACAAGGAGAGAGCUUACAGACAAAAACUGCAGGUCUACCAGGAGGCCCAGCAGAGACAGGCCCAACUUGUUCAGAAGCUGCAGACCAAGGUUCUUCAGUACAAGAGGAGGUGUGGAGAACUAGAAGAACAAGUGCUUGAGAAGACGUCGGAGUCUGAGAAGAUGAGAUUGUUGCUGCAGGCCCACUUGGACUCAGCCCAGCGUCAGCAGCGGACAGAGCAGGAUCUGAACAUGGCUGUCCAGAAUACGUCUGCUCAGCUGGAGGAGGAGCAGAAGAGGUGUGCCAGCCUCAGCCAAGUAAACUCUAUGCUGCGGGAACAACUGGAACAGGCAGGCACUGUCAACCAGGGGCUGACAGAAAGCUUGUGGAAGGCCCGUGAGGACGUUGAGUUGUGUGAUACCCGUCUGCGGAAAGAGCAAGAGACAUGUGCCUCCCGGUUGAGUCGUGAACAGGCUCAUGUCAGAGCACUGUGGCGCCAGGCCUCCUCCCUGCGGAGCACUUUCACCCAGCUAAGGACUUUCACUGACAGGACUCUGUCUAAUAUGCGUGGGGAGUGUGAUGCUGCCAGUCGGCAGCUGCAUGUUGCUUGCAUGAGCUUAGAGGCCAGAGUAACACAGGAGAGCACCUCUAGUGGUGUGGAGAUGUCAGAACUGGAGAGGCAAUUGAAGGACAAGCUGAAAGAGGCCAUGCAGCUUCAGGGUCGUUGGGAUGCCGAGAAAGUUGAACUUAACUCCAGAAUCCUGGAGUUGUCUGACACUGUGAAGCACCUCCGGAGCCAGAACAGUGAGAAGGAUGCGAGCCUCAAGACCAUGCAGAUCAGUCUGGACAGGAUGGAGACAAGGAGAACAGAGGAUAAAGCAGAGAUGAACGUCCUUCACACACAGAUCCAAGCCCUCCAAAAGAUUUUAUGUCAUGUUCACCAGUUGGUUGGUGGAGAAGGUGACAGUAGUGGCUCUGAAAGUGUGUCCUCUCCUCUCCAUGACUGCUCUCCUCUGAGAAACACUACACUGAUGGCUGUGCAGAGUGCACUCUCCAAGCACCAGAAACAAACACAGGACCUGCGUGGGUGUCUGGAUGCUGCCCUGGAGCAAGUGGACACACUGCGUAGUCUCCUGCAGGAGAGGGACACUGAGAGAAGAGAGCUGGAGCAGAAGAUCCAGGAAGUGGGGAGGGAAAAUAAGGAGGCUAAAAAAGCCUUGGAGGAAAGUCUCAGAGAUAGCGGUAGAUAUUGCCGCUCACUGGAGCUCAUCUCCAGUGAGAAGGGCAGCCUGGAGAAGCGGCUGUCAGGGCUGCAGCAGGAGGUGGACUCCCAGCGUGCCGAGCUGGAGGUACUGCGAGGCUCCUCACUGGAGCUCCAGAGACAGCGGGACUUCCUGAGGCAGCAGAGGGAGGAUCUGGAGAUGCAGCUGGCACGCCAGCGCACAGAGGCCCAAAGAGGCGAUAGGAGUCUGGAGGAGCUUGAGGGGAAACACUCAAAUCUACGAAGGGAGCUUGUGACAGUUAAAGAGAAUCUGAAUCAAAUCACACUGCAGAAGGAGGUGCUGGAGGAUGAUAAGGCCAGCCUCGCUCUGGCUCUCAGCAAGAUGGAGUCCCAGAGUGCUGCACAGGAGUUAGCCCUCACCAAACUGCAGAAUCAAGAGGCUGCCCUAGAAGAUUCUCUGGCCAAAAUGGCUGCCCUCGGUGAAGGCUUAGCCAAAGACAAGGUGGCACUUAAUCGUAUUCUGCUACAGACAGAAAGCGAGAAGGCAGAGCUUGUUGAACGUAGACGGGAAGCCGAAGUGGAACGGGCAGCAGCCAGGGAGGAGACAGCACGAGUGCAGCAAGAGAUGAUGAAUCUGCUCGCUGAGAAACAAGCCCUGGAGAGCUCCCACAGCCUCUUAAAGAAUCUUUGCCAGAAGCUAGAAGCAGAGCUGAGCCUGCUGCAAAAAGAGAACGCUCAGGCCCUGGAGCAGCACUCCCAGGUCAACAGGCAGAUGCAGACUGUAACAGAGGAGCUGUGUGCGUGCAGGAAGGAGCUUGAGACACAGACCACAGCCCUAAAGAGAGCUACCCAUGACAGGGAGGAACUGGCCAAGGACAAGGCUGCUCUAGAUGUCAAGCUAAACUCCGCUGACCGAAAAGCCUGCGGUCUCACGCAGGAGCUGGUUGCCCUUAGAGCAGAGAAGGAGUCCCUGGAGACAGCUCUGUUUGAGAGCCAGGAGCUUGCCUCGUCUCUGGAGGCUGAGUACACUAGGAUGCAAGGGGAGAAGUGCGGCUUGCUCCUGACUAACGAGGCCUUGACGCGUGAUGCCGCUCGCAUGCGUGUAGAUGCUGAACACCAGCUUGCACAAGCAGCACAAGGGCAGAGUAUGUUGGAGGAAAAGCUGGCUCAGGUGGAGAGGAACGCCAUGUUGAACCUGAACAACAAAGAGCAAAUUCACAGACAGCAGCUGGAAGCUGAACGCCGGCAAAGGGAGCAGCAGUGUGCAGAGCUAAUGGUUCAGCAGGAGCAGGCUGAGGAGCAGCUGCGUAGACAGUGUGAGGAACUGCGUGCACGCAGCCAGCAGGAGCUACAGCAGGUGCAAGAAGAGCUGUCCAGGCUGCAGCAGGACUACAACCAAAGCCUCCUGCAGGCUGAGAGUGAAAAGCAGCAGGCUUUGUCCCAGAAAGAGGCAGAAAAGGCUGCCCUCACAGAGAGGCUAAUGGCUCUUCAGCAGGACUUGGCCACAGCACACAUGGAGCUGGAGCGCAUGCAGAGGGAGGCACUCAGCAAACAGGAGCAGGACAAGAAUGCAAUGGCUGUCCUUCAGUCUGAGCUGCAGGACCUGCAGACUCAAUUUGAAGAGUCUUUGAACUCCCAUGAGAAUACUAAGAAGAGUCUAACUGAGCAGGUCAGAGAGUUGAACCAACAGAGAGAACAUGCACAACAGGAGUUAGAAAGCCUUCGUCGGCAGCUGCAGGAAGCUGAGGAUGGAAUUAUCAAAGGGCGAAGAGAGCUGAUUGAGGCUCACAGAGAGCUCCAGGAGUGUGCACAGGAGCGAGACAAGCAACGAAAAGAAGCCCUGGACCUGAGAAGGCUCUUGGGUGAAGAGACCAGAGAGAAGGAAGCGAUCCAGGCCUCUAAUGAGGAGCUCAGAGCUUUCAUCAAGAGAGCAGAAAGUGACAACAGCAGCUUGAGACGAGUUGUGGAGGAGAGGGAUCAGAAACUGGCCAUUUUAGAGGAAUGUAGGAGCUCAAUGGAGCAAGAGGCAACAACUUUACGGAGCAGUAUGAGAGAGCUGGAGAAGUCUCGACUGCAGGCACGCAGAGAGCUGCAGGAGCGACGCAGACAGGUAAAGAUCCUGGAAGGCGAGAACAGCCAUCAGAAACAGGAACUACAAGAGCUGCAGGCUCGGAUAUAUAAAGAGGAGCAGAAGGAGGAAGAGGCACGUCGCGAGGCUUUUACUCUCAAACAGAGAGUGCUAGAGUGUGAGGCUGGCAGAGAUGCAGCACUGAAUGAGGUUGCAGGUCUGCAGCGUCGUUUGGUGGAAGUGGAGAAGGCAGAGCAGCAGAGCCGAGAGCUGCUGCAGGAAAGAGAGGCUUAUCAGCAGCAGAAUGACCAGCAACACAGAGAAACCUCUGCACAGCUGGAGAAGGCACUAGAGGACGCCAAGGUCCAGGUCAAGGAGCUCUCUGUACAGGUUGGCCUUACUGAAAGUAAGGUUCAGGGCCUGGAAGAGCAGCUGGCCUUGGGUGAUACCAAACGCAAGGAUCUGGAGCUCAAGCUGGCAGGGUUGUAUUCAGUUUUGCGCCGCACUCUUGGCAUCGGCCAUACAAGACUUUCAAGCACAGCCGGGUCACGAAGACGGUCUCCCUCUCCUUGGAGAAGUCACCUACAAAUAAGAGAUGAAGAGCUGGACAUAGACACAGUGCACACAGCUCUACAGGGACUCCAGCAGGAACUCAGGGACGCACAAAGAAACAGGGAUGAAACCAAAGCUCAGGUAGUCAGUUUAAGUCAGCAGAUGACACAGCUCAAAGACAGCCAGGAUAAGUCAGCUGCCCAGCUGCUACAACUACAGAAGUCCUUGAAGCAAUCAGAGCAGGGAAAAAGAGAGAUGGCAGAUCAAUUGCACAAGGCUCUGACAUCCCAUUCCCUGCAGGAAGAAACAGCACGUUGUACAGAGAGGGAGAAGAGAGGUCUUGAGGAGGAGGUAGCUCAACUCAGGGCUAAUCUGCAAGCUGCAGAGGCUGAGUCCAGGGCACUGCAAGACAAAUUGGAGCUCUUGCAGGGCUCAGAAGCUCGUGCAAAUGCAGAACAACGAAAGCUGAAGGAGUCUCUGGAAGCAGCAGAGAAUAGAGUAAGCCGCCUGGAGGUGUCUCGGUGCACCCUCGAGGGUGAGCUUCAGCGGGCCCAGCUAAGGGCAGCAGAGCUGGAUGCAGAGGCAGGGGCGCUGCAGGAGAGACUGACAGAGCUUAGGAGGAAGCUGGGUGAGAGUGAGGACUGCUGCACAGUGCUGAAGGUCAGCGAGGAGAGGCUGACCACAUCACUGGUUCGAGCUGAGCAGCAUGAGAGCCAGCUUAGAGAGCAGAUCCACAAACUGUCAAACUCUCUCAGUGACAACAGGACCAGCAGUGGAGCCCUGCAGGAGCAAAUAACACAGCUACAGAGGGCUCUGACUGCCAGUGAGCAGGACCGAAGGCUGCUACAGGAACGCCUGGAUAAAACACGAGAUACCCUUUCAGAGAGUAAGAGGCUGAACCACACACUAACAGAACGGGUCCAAAACCUUGAAAGAGCUCAAGAGGACUCAGAGCUUAAAAACUCUGAGCUUGAGAAACAUACUAGGACACUGAAGGAGAGCCUGAAGCAGCGACAGAAGGCUGAACUGCAGGCCCAGGAGAGCUCCCAGCAGCUGCAGAGAGAGAAGGAGGAACUACAAGACAAGGUCACCAAUCUCCAGAGCUCUUUGCAAAAACUACAAAAUGAGAGAGCAGAGAUGGAGAAAGUGCUGAUACGCCUCGGUAAAGACAAGUCAGCACUUAGAAAGACACUAGAGAAGGUGGAGAUGGAGAGGCUGAGGAGGGAGGAGGAGGCAGUGUCAGCAGCCAGAGAGAAGGAGCAACUAGGGCAGACAGUGUGCAGCCUGGAGCAGGAGCUGUCUGAAAAGCUGGAUGAGGUGCAGACUCUGCAGGCCCAAAUCUCUCAGUUGGAGCACUCUCAUGCACAGCGCCUCCUGGAGGUGACAGCUCACCAUCACCAGGAGCUGGAUCUGGAAACAGAUCGUCUGAGAGACAGUCAGCUCCAAGCAGAGCGGGCUCUGGAGACCAGAGAGAAGGCCCAUCGCCAAAGAGUCAAAUGCCUGGAGGAACAGGUGCUAACUCUGAAAGAGCAGCUAGAUCAGGAGACGAGAAGACGGCAUGCCUAUUUCAAUCAGAUGCUACAGCCUGGUGUGUAGGCAGAGACCCUGCAGUGAAGUAUGUAACACCUCUGACCUUCUCAUUUACUGUUCCUCUGGCAGCUUCCCAACGACGUUAUGUUACAAGCUACAUCCACAUUUGGAAACACACACUCACACAAACAUGCUCCCAAGGCCUCUACUCCCACCCAUGCACAUGUGCACACCGAAUUACAUUAAUCUGCAGGAAAACUCAACAACAACAAACAAUGAGUGUUUUGUUUAUAAGUGGACUGGAUGUGCCAAAUUGUUUUAAGGAUUUCCUCUGGCUCGCUACAGUUAGCAUUUCUAAGUCCGUUUAUGCUGUGUCAUUUUUUUUUUUUUUUUUUGGAAACAAUGUGAUGAAAGGUUUCCUUGGCUGGUGCUUAAUUCUCCUCCUCUCUGUAUAUGCAUUUCUCAUACUGAUACUGUAUCAAUUUUAUAUGUCACAAUCAUUGUUUGUGUAUCCAAAUUAGACUAUAUAUCCAAAUAUCUACAAUAAUUGUUUGCAGAUUUCAAGUGAUUUUCCUGGUGCUGUGAUUAUUAGUGUUUAAGGCUGAAGGCUAACGAUUCUAUAGUGUACUCAUUUAUUUUAUUAUGUGUUGUAUUGCACGUAAUCAGUGUGUGGAAAAGUUGUGGUUGUUUUUAAUAAAACUGGGUGUAUCAGAGCACAAUUAUACAAUUUUAUUUUUCAAAAGAUGUUGAUCAUCAGUGAUGUUUAUUCUGCUGGCCACACAACUUUGUUAUGGAAAGUUUUCUGUGAACUUUGUGAAGGACAGCACUGCCCUUUCAUGGCAUGUGAGUUCUAGCGUUUGGUUCGCACCAUUAAAAGCCUUUGUGGACUUAG